AUGUCGCAGUCCACACCCCCAAGGGGGGUUCUCCUUGUAGGCAGUCUCCCUGUGCCUUCCAAUGAAGAUGCAUUCAAGUUGUGUCUAGCUCUACCCGGUCAUCUAGCAUCGAUCCCCGAUGGUGAAAUCGGAGACAGAUACAAUUGGAUUGGGUGGCAGCAGUCGAUCGUUGAAGAGAUUCCUGCGGAAGACUUGGCCCUCCAGUUGGACCUCUGUUUUGAGGUUACGUCGCUAGAGUAUGCGCGAGGUCGACUGCGUGAUGAAUUCUUUAAGCCAUACUUUUCUCCAAUAUACGAUGGCCUCCUGAGUCGUAUCCAGCGCAUGGUAGCUCAUAUCCCUGCCAAUGUCCCACUGGGUAUUCACCCCUGCUAUGGCGACUUGAAUCACGCGCAUUUCAUCGAGCCCGACGACAUGGGGAUGGUUGUAGACUUUGUCAAUGGCAUUGCCAAAACAACCUCGCAUACAAUUGACUGGAUUCAUUUGGCUGUGCCUAAAAGCAGAGACGACCCGGGGUAUUUUGCACCUUUGGCCCGGCUUCAUGUUGGCACACGGGCAAAGCUCUUUCUUGGACUGGUACACUUUGAUGAGGAGGAGGGGACCAGGAGAAGGAUUCAUACAGCACAGACUGUUGUCAAGGAUUUUGGAGUGGCAACUGAAUAUGGUUUUGAAAGAACUCCGGCGGAGCAGUUGUCAAGCUUACUUCAGAUUUCAAGAGACGUGACUGUGGGCGUGGAUGAUAGUUAA